GUUCAUUCCUUCAUUCGUUGCACCUCUUCCAUGGUGAAUGUCGUCAACUUUUUCCCAGCGCACGCACAAAGACAUGUCACGGAACAGGAGAGGACACAACUCGUCAUCGAGAACUCGUCCAGUGUUCUGGUGAUGGACCUUCCAUUGCGAUACAUAUUCCAGUACGCUCUGAACCAUUUGCGAGGAGACGAGGGCCAUGAGCAGGAAGGAGCACCUUCGCGGAGACAACAACGAACUGUCCUGAUCGUGACCGAGUCCAAGGCCAGGUUACGGGCAUGGAUGCGUCAAGAGCGCCAGCUCUAUGCGGGCGAGCAAUCGAACCAGACACCGAUCGCAGGAGAUAGCUCAGUAGCCAGCCCAGACUCUUCAAUGGACCCUUGGCGGCACUUGUUUCCUUCCGAGCGCGGUUCCGACGUCCAGGAUGAGUUCAACACCGCGACCCAGACCCAGACCCAAACCCAAACCCAAACCCAGACCCAAACGAGUGUGCCUCCGGAGGUACCAAUGCAACUCGAUAGCCAAAAAAGCCAGGACAAGGAAGCCAGGAUGGACUACACAAAGGCCACGUCAGGGACGGGUGAUAGCAACCCGGCACAAUCCAGUAACGACAAAUUCCAGCCGGAACUUUGGUCCAGGAUCCAGAUACGGUACGCGCCCACCGUAGAGCAUGUCCAGUCUCUAUUUCGAUGCCUGCAUCUGGAUUCCGAGUCGACUCAAGGUCGGACGUUUGGACAUAGCGCGGAGGGUCGUUGCCAUAGCCCGACUGUUGACGAACAUGGUGUAGAGCAGGAUUCGGAUUACCAGGCCAUUCCGCCGACACUUGUCAUGUUGGUCGGGUGCUUUCCAGACCGGAUUCUAGAUAUCGGAGGUGGCCAGUUCUCGGCAUCAUCGCUUUGUGUGCUGCCGACUCAUCUGCCUUAUAAUAGAGCGAUGGUCCAUGUUACCGAGGGUGAGGGUCAUGUAGAGGAAUAUGUUGAGCCGUCGACGUCCAUAUAUACGCAGCAGGAACCGGACCGAAAACGAGAGCAAGGGCAAGGAGGAGAGGGGGAGGAGCAGGAGCAGGAGCAGGAAAGGGGUAAAGUUCAACAAGGCCAGAGUAAUCAGCAGCAAGAGCUAGGACAAGGGCAAGAGAAAGGAAAAGGGGACCAGGAGCAGCAGCGGCAGCAGGAGAACCAGGGCCAGGAAGAAGAACAAGGGAAACAACACGAACGAGAGCAGGAGCAGGAGCAGGAGCAGAAUCGUGAAUAUGACGCAUUGCAAUAUUCCCAGGCAUACUCAUCCUUCGCACAGCGGACGGUAACACCCCUACAAGCCCUGGCAACGAGAUUCGCGGACGAAAACCGUGAGCGCUUAGAAUACAUCAAAGUAGUAAGCCAGGCUAUGAGCGAGGUCAAGGAUGGCCAACAGUGGCUCGAGCGAGCGUCCGGACAAAAAAUAGGGGUGAUGAUAUUCGAGAACACUGAGCCUUUACAUCAGAACCCACAGAGUGUCUCAAGACUACCCCCCUCCGCACGAGAGCAAUGGCUUCAAAAGGUCAUUGGAUUCUGGAUAGAUGCCACGAUAGUGGUUGAGCAACAGGAGCGACAUCUCCAAGAUGAAGAUGAGGAAUACGAACAGCAGCAGAUGUAUAACCAGGAAACGAUUGCAGAAGGUGAUUCACCCACCAAACCCGUGAGUCCGGAUGAUGAGGCAUCCAAAGAUUCCCUAUGUCUUUGGGUACGAACCCAGAGCAGUGUUGUUCAAGCAGAGGAGUCUCGGAAAAUCAAAGACAUGAAAUAUGGUUCACCUAAUGCGGCAUCUGUGGGCGCAGUCGUUGGGUUGCACUGGGAUUAUGAUCCGACCGAAAGCCGAUUUUGCUUUGAAGUGGUGCCAUAAUACGAUUUGAAUAAAAAAAAA